AUGUCCUAUCCACCCCCUCCAGGUCUCAAGCAGACACCGUCGUCUCUCCCUCCUCGCCCGCCUCCCUCAUCCAAUGCCGGACAGCCACCUACUGCUGCCGGUCAUGGUGUUCGACCAGGCUACAACGCAUUCGCAGGGUUCCAGCCGCGUGCUGUGGCUUCUACCCAGUCCCGCGCCAAGCCCGUGAUCUCAGCUCCUCCAGUUCCUGCUGUUAGUUACGCAGCCCCUGCUACGAGCUACGGCAGCCACUACCAGCAACAGCCCCAGAGCUACCCAGCCGCGCCUUCAUACUAUGGUCAGCCACAGUACACUGAAAACACAUACGGCCCAACCAUCCCACACAUCCAGAAUCCAUUCGGAUCUACCCCAACCCAGACCACCUCGGGCUUCCGACCGGGUCAUGAUUCUGGCCUCGACGCAGAAACCGAAGCUCAAAUCGCGCAGUGGCAGAGUGCUUAUGCAACCCCCACUGAUGAUACCCACAAGCGUCAAGCUGGCGCAGGCAUAAACGCGGCUGGAACACCGACCAUUGGCGCCGGUCCUGCCCCCCAACCCGAGUCCCAGAAGACGGUAAUCCGCUCCGGCGGUGGCCAGACAUGGAGUGACGAUACGCUUCUUGAGUGGGAUCCAGCGCAUUUCCGCCUGUUUGUGGGCAAUCUCGCAGGUGAGGUGACCGACGAAUCCCUCCUCAAGGCUUUUUCUCGCUACACAUCUGUGCAGAAAGCGCGUGUCAUUCGGGAGAAGCGCACAUCGAAGAGCAAAGGAUUUGGGUUCAUCAGCUUUAGCAACGGCGACGACUACUUUGCUGCUGGCCGAGAGAUGCAAGGCAAGUACAUCGGCUCGCACCCAAUUCUACUCCGACGGGCCAACACCGAGGUUCGGCCUGAGGUUCCUGGCAAGCAUGGAAAGAAGAAUGGUGGAGGCAAGAAGCCUGGCAAUACUGGUGGCAAAGUGAAGAAGGAUGGCGUUAAGAAGCCCGGAAAGACUAAGGGAGGUCUGAAGAUUCUGGGUUGA